GGGCUUUACCUCUCCCUGAAGGAUGAAUAAAUAGGUAGCUUUACUGACAACCUGUUCACAGUCAAACUGCAGUGAAAACUGAGACCAAGGUCUUGCUCUACUGGCACUUAUGAGAUCCAGUGCUGGCAACAUGGAGAAGAUAGUCAUCUGCCUAAUGGUCAUCUUCUUGGGGACAGUGGCCCAUAAAUCAAGCAUCCAAGAGCCAGAUCGUCACUUGCUUAGAUUGCGUCAACUUAUAGAUAUUGUUGAUCAGCUGAAAGAUAAUCUGAAUGACUUGGACAAUGAAUCUCUGCCAGCUCCAGAGGAUGUAAAGAGACAUUGUGAGUGGUCAGCUUUUUCAUGUUUUCAGACGGCCCAACUAAAGGCAGCAAAUACAGGAGGCAACGAGCAGAAAAUAAAAGUAUUAACGAAACAGCUGAAGAGGAAACUACCUCUCAAAAAUGCAGACAAAAGACAGAUACACAGACCAACAUGCCCCUCAUGUGAUUCUUAUGAGAAAACACCACCCAAAGAAUUCCUAGAAAGACUGAAAUCGCUCAUCCAAAGGAUGAUUUAUCAGCAUCUCUCCUAGAACACAUGGAAUAUGAAGUUCCUGAGGAUCUAACUUGAAGCUGG